UUCACAACAGACACAGAGACACACUCACAGUUUGGCUUUAGUGUUCGGGAGUGUGAAGAUCAGGGAAGAUCAAACUACCUACAGUAGGUUGACCCCUGAGCCUCUGUGUCUCCCCUUCAAGGAUACAGGUUGCACACUAGGGACACCAUCACAGUACUCCUGCGUUCUGCCAACCUUGCCAAAGCCACAAUGUCACAAUACUGUACAAUGCCAGCUGGAGAGAGGAAGAAGCGUGCAGCAGCUAUUUGCCGAGAAGUCCAUGGUACCAAUGGUGAGGUAAUGGAUCUCGGAAAGAAGCUCAGCACUCCUAAAGACAUUAUGUUGGAGGAGUUAUCAUUGCUUUCCAACAGAGGUUCCCGGCUUUUCAAAAUGCGCCAGAGGAGAUCUGACAAAUAUACAUUUGAAAGUAUCCAAAACGAGGCAAAUGCACAGCUCAAUAAUGAUAUAUUCCACACUGUGGAAAUUAAAGUAGAUGCACCAGCUGAUGGAAAUACUGCUAAUCCAGAAAGCACUGUUUCAGACACAACUGCAGAGAAGAUAAAUGCCACAGCUAUGCCCAAGUCCUACCACUCUCCGUGGGAACAGGCGAUCCUCAAAGACCCUGACCUCGCUGAAACUCUCAAACUGACAAUGCCAGCACCAGACCCACGACCAGAGCUUCCUGGGUACAAAUGCUUUAACCGGGUUGCCACACCUUUUGGUGGCUUUGACAAAUCUCCCAGAGGAAUAACAUUCAAGCUCCCUGAGGUGUCCCUGAACCCGCCCAGUUACCCAGAGCUGCAGGAGCCGGGGAUGAAGCGGCCCACCUUCAACAGGACAGCCCAGGGAUGGAUAUCUGAGGGCACUCAUCUGAUCCUACCCACUGUUACCCUGGAGCCCAUCAAAGUCCCAGAGUCUGAUGAUCUGUAGAUGCUUUUACUGAAUGUAAUCUGGCAACAUGAUGUUGGCUGUAGUGUUUUGGCUCCGCCUGUGAUGACGGCAAAACAGUCAGUUAGUGGCACAGUCACAAUCCCUUACCAAUAUUUUGGAUUUCUCCCAUGCAAUGGACACAAAAUGAUUCAUGCAUAUGUUGACUAGUGAGUUUGGUGUACACCAAAGAAAGUCAUGUAAAUAGCAAAAGGAAUGUGCUAUACAUAACUCAAGAAGAAUUUUCACUGAUACUGAAAGCAAAACUGUACAUUUUAUGAAUGUUCAAAUGAAUUGAUGAAUAUGUAAUGUAAAUAAAGAGAGCAACUUAUUUAUUGAUGGCACACAACUGGAACAUGCAGUAAGUUAUAUUUAGUUAUCAUUGGUAACCAGUAUUUCAAUGAUAUCCACUGUAAAGAGUUAUGUUACAGAAAAAUACACAAAUAAACUGAUAAUGUUCAUUGCUAUUUAUUUAUCAUCACAUAUGGAGAUCUAAUCUAAAUAAAAACUUCAUGUUAGAGCAAGAAAUGCAGAAAAUACAAAUAAAGAUUAAUUAAGCUAUUAAUUAAGUUCAUAUAAAAUUCAACACUAAAAAUAGCUUAAAAAGAAAGAUUUGUAAAAAUAUCUGUUUUAUGUCCAGGUCCUGUACUCUCCAUAGAUGAUUUAUUGUUGACUGUUGAAAAAGAAGAAAUUGUAUUGAAACUAAGAAACAUUUUAUCUUGAGGUCACAACAACCUGGCAAGAAGACUCUGAGAAGAGGGUGGAAUAACACUAAAGAGAAAAUGUAAAUGUUUGUUCUGGAUUGUUUCUAGUCACAGAGGGACUAAAAACCUGUAACUUUUCAGUGUCACUACCUACAGUAGCAAUACUGUGUAUGAGUAAAAAAUACACUGAAUGUCUGUGAGUGAUA